UCCACCUAAGUUUAGUAAACAUGAGAGCAAUGGCGGGGGCUCCGGCGGUCGGCCACUCGUUUCGCUUUCGCCACUACCAUGCAAGAUCCGUCACGAACCAUGAGCCAAGAGAACGACGGGGAGGCUGCCGGCGUCGUCGUCAACAGCCAUGGUGUCCAGGAACAGCACGACCGUGGCACAACCAGUGGCGGCAGGGCCGGUGCCAGUGCGGAGGAAGACGGAGAGCGUGGUGGUGGCCAGGAGCCUUUCUUCCAGUGCCUUGAUGACCAGGAGCAGCCCUCCGGCAUGGUGCAUCUGGACGACGCCAGGGCCGAGUUCCCCUCCGACGACGAGGAUGGCGGCGGCGACAGUGACAACGUCCGUUGCUCCUUCGCCACCGCUGUCGGUGACGGUGACCGUCUCCUCGAGGAGCAGGCUGAGCUGGACCUGGACGGGGAGGAGGAGGACACGUCCAGAUAUGACUACGGCAUGUGGAUGUCGACCGAGCCCGCGUCCAUCCAGGAGCGCCGCCGCCGGCUGCUCCAGGGGAUGGGGCUCGCCAGCAGCAGGGACCUCCUCCGCAGCCGCAACGCCAGGGCGAGGCUUCCGCCUGACAUCCCCCGCUGCGCGGCUCGGCGGCACCACCAGCAGCCUCCCACCGCCGCAGGCGACGCGCCGCCGAGCGCGACGAUCCAUGCGCCAGCCGUGGCGGCCGCGGCGCCGCCUCCUCCUCCUCCCGAGAUCGCGACGCGCCAGCCCGGCGCCGUCCUGAACCGGUCCCGGUCCGACACCCGCCUCGCCGUCCGCGGCGGCGGCGCCGCCAGGAAGCCGCCGUCGCUCCGGCGGGUGUACUCGAUGCCGCACUUCCUGCAGGCCCCGCCGCCUGCGAACAAGGCUCCCCGCGCGCGUCCGCUGCCGUCGGCGGCGUCGAAGGACGCUGGGAUCGGCAAGGCCGGCGACACGGGCGGCGCCGGCGUCACGACCAAGGCCCAGGACUGCCGCACGGCGAACGCCCAGAUCAACGUCGCCCAGCGCGGCGUGCCGCUGAACUUGGACGAGUUCGAGCGGUUCAUCGGCUCCACGCCGCUCGUGAAGCAGCUCAUGCGCCGCAGCCAGAGCCAGCCGGUGCCGACCGGCGCGCCGGCCAAGGGCGGCGAGAAGCCGCCCGAGAAGAAGAGAACGCGCUGGCUCAGGAACAUCAAGCUCUCGGCGUCGGCCAACGCCGCCGUGUCGCCGGCCACGGGGCCCGAGCGGCCCAAGGUGCACGUGCACCACUGCGGCAAGUCCAGCAAGGAGCUCACCGGGCUGUACCAGCGGCAGGAGGUGCGCGCGCACGAGGGCUCCAUCUGGAGCAUCAAGUUUAGCCCCGACGGCCGGUUCCUCGCCAGCGGCGGCGAGGACCACGUGGUGCGCGUCUGGGAGGUCGUGGACGCGGACGGCGGCGCGUCCGCCGCCGUGGCGCAGGAGCUCUCGCCGGCGUCCCAGCCUCCGCAGCCGCCGCCGCCUGCCUCCGCGGACGCCGGCAGGCCAGCGGCGCCGGGGCUGGCGGCGCAGCUGUCCAGGAGGAUGAGGAGGGGGAGGAGCACCAAAGACGCGCUCCCGGAGCACAUCGUCGUGCCGGAGUCCGUGUUCGCGCUCGCCGAGCAGCCGGCGUGCGCCUUCGAGGGCCACCAGGACGACGUGCUCGACCUCUCGUGGUCCAAGUCCCAGCAGCUGCUGUCGUCGUCCAUGGACAAGACGGUGCGGCUCUGGGACAUGGACACCAAGACGUGCCUGAAGAUGUUCCCGCACAAUGACUACGUUACCUGCGUCCAGUUCAACCCGGUGGACGACGGCUACUUCAUCAGCGGCUCGCUGGACAGCAAGGUGCGCAUCUGGAGCGUGCCGGGCCGUCAUGUCGUCGACUGGAGCGACCUCAACGACAUGGUCACCGCGGGGUGCUACACGCCGGACGGCCAGGCUGCGAUCAUCGGGUCCCACAAGGGUUGCUGCCGAUUCUACAAGACAACAGAUUGCAAGCUCAACCAGGAGGCACAAAUCGACAUGAGCAUAUCGAAGAAGCGGCGGUCGCAGGCGAAGAAGAUCACCGGAUUCCAGUUUGCGCCGGGGAACCCGUCGGAGAUACUGGUCACGUCGGCGGACUCGCAGAUCCGGGUGUUCAACGGCAUCACCGUCCUCCAGAAGUUCAAAGGGUUCAAGAACACCAGCAGCCAGAUCACCGCGUCCUACACCGCCGACGGCCGCUACGUCGUCUGCGCCAGCGAGGACUCGCACGUCUACGUGUGGCGCCGGGUUCCCGGCGGUGGCGCCGGCGCCGUCGGCGGCGGCGCGGGGGGCGGCAUCGGCGUCCGGGCCAAGACCUGGCUCACCAGCCGCUCCUACGAGUACUUCUUCUGCCGGGACGUGUCCGUGGCCGUGCCGUGGCCCGGGUCGCCGUCCCUGCGGUGCGACGCGGCGUCCCGGGGCGGCGGCGCCAGGAGCGACACGCCCAGGAAGCAGGACGCCGGCGACGGCGGCGCCGCGCCGCGGCGGCCCAAGUCCGGGCCGAUGGGGUACCCCGGCGCGCACCUUCUGCCUCAGCUGUCUCGGCGCGAGUCGUCGUCCGCGCGGUGGCACGGCGGCGCGGAGGGCGGCAACGCGUGGGGGAUGGUGGUGGUGACGGCGAGCCGCGGCGGGGAGAUCAGGGUGUACCAGAACUUCGGGAUGCCUGUCGCCAACCUCUUCCACUAGCUGUAUCCGAUCGGCAAGCAGACUGAAUUCUCAUUGAUACUUGCAGCUCUCCCGCGUUUUCGAGAAAAAAAAAGACACUUGGCAGCUUGAGGAGGCCCAAAAGAUCAUGGGAAUUGGAAUUGGAGUGAUCCAUGGGCUUGCAAGUAUGGAAGCAACACGGCUAUGGAGUUGGAGUGAUGCAUUGAAUUGUAGCAGUGUCGAUUGAAGGUUCAUUUGCAAGGAAAUGAAUUUUGCAGCAGGGAGUGUUUUGAGGCAACUGUAGAAAGGUUCCUUCAUCAGGAGGAAAAAAAUGAUGUACAAGCUGAUAUACACGGAGGAUAGAAAGUGCAAUACAUAUGUGAUGUACCAAUCAAUACUAUAAUCAACAGAUGCAAACUGCUUUGUGUAA